GACAAUUUUAACGGAAGUGUAGUUAUUUGUAUAUAGCUGUUACUGAUCUGGAACCAGCCGACUUGAUCUCCUGUGGCGCAUGCGUAAAGCUGAAACAGCUCUGUUGACAAAUAUCGGAGGAGGGACCACUGCGGCUCUGGCUGUGGGAGCGAGUGAAGGCGGUCUCCUCGUCCAAGAGCUUCCCGAGCAAUGAAGAGUCAGCAGAAAAGCCCUGAACAAGACGGCACUGUUACCGUCAACGAGGAAGGGUCCGUAGCUACCGCUGAGGAUCCAGCAGCUAUUGCUACCAUUCAGUCUGCUGCCACCUUUACUGACCAACCCAUCAAAUAUCUGUUCAAGACAGAAGGAGCGGGUGGACAGGUGACCUACAGAGUGAUCCAGGUGGCAGAUGGCCAGUUGGAGGGACAGACAGACGGAGCUGCAGCGGUCAGCCUGGUCGCUGGUUUCCCCGCGACCACUCAGACUGUCACACAGGCUGUCUUCUCACAGUCAGAGGCAUUGGAGGGAGAUGGCAGCGCUGAGACACAGUACACUUACUACCCUGCCACCAUCGCAGAUGCCACCACUGGUACCAUGGUAACCACCGUGCAGGCGUCUGACACGCUUCUGGGCCAGACCACGCCCACAGGGCAGCUUUAUGUGAUGAUGUCACCACAGGAGGUUUUGACAGGGUCCAAUCAAAGGACGAUUGCACCUCGAACUCAGCCGUACAUCGCGAAGCAGGACGCUCCGCGGGCCUCCAGAGAUGAGAAACGGCGAGCCCAGCACAACGAAGUUGAGCGGAGGCGCCGGGACAAGAUCAACAACUGGAUCGUGCAGCUGUCAAAGGCCAUUCCAGACUGUAACGUCGACUACACCAAGACGGGACAGAGUAAAGGGGGGAUCUUAUCCAAAGCCUGCGAGUACAUAAAGGAGCUGCGACAGAACAACCUGAAGCUUGGGGAGGACGUCAGCGUUCUGGAUCGUCUAAGAGUUGACAACCAGCUACUGAGACAGGAGGUGGAAGACUGGAAGUCCAAGAAUCAGAUCCUGAGGAACCUCUUGCGACAGCACGGCAUUGUGGGAUCGUCCAGCACAGAGUCUCAGUGAGAAACCUGCAGUCAUCAACCACAUGUGGGCCAAAGGUGUACUUGAAAUACUUUGGAGAUACUUCAUUUGUGAUCAGUGUGCAUGAAACGGGGGGAAUAAGUGAAUAUUGUCAUUAAUAUUCAAAUCCAACUUCUUUGCUAAAUGACAUCUUUAAAUGUUGUUUUCCAAGCUUUUUACAGCAUUCUUUUAUCUACAGUACAAUCAUCAUAUUGAUUUAGCGAAGCCCUCAUUUAACGCCUCCCUGCACAAACAUUAUGAUUGUUCAUUACCGUUAGCCUCCAGUACAGUAAGCUCACGUUUCUUUUCCUUUCUGUGUAUCUGUGUAUUACAUGCACUCAUUCAUAUGUUCUUGUUGUUUAUCACUUUGAUCAGUCGAUGCUAUGAGUUUGUUAUCCAAGAGUCUGACUCUUUGCUUUGUAUUUUUACUGUGUCAUGAAGCGUCACUGGGGACAUAUAUUACAUUGCAACAAUGUAACUAACUAAAUAAAUUGGAGGGGGGGCAUUGCAUAGUAUGUAGGGUAUGUAUGUCUUUAUAAUAAAAACAAAUAUUAUGCUACAUGUCA